UCGCCGGCGCUAUUUCUUGGGCCGAGGUCCCUUUAUCCUUCAGGCUAGCGAUGAGGACAAAGAGCGAGACUUUAGCGGAGUCGAAAAAGCAAUGGCAUAUCAGGAGGUCGCUCAAUGUGAUGACCUUGACAAGCAAUGACCGUUCGGGCAAGAGAAUACGCUGGGGAAAGCUUGCGCCACCGUUCGAGGCCUUGUUUCACUCUCAAGGCUUGGGAGGCACGGAAGGCAAAGGUGAAAAAGUUCGAGGAACACGUGGCUCAGAUGCUGCUCCACCGCGAACACGUCCGAGCGUCGCUCACUCGCCCUCGUCCAAGCCAGACAACCAAGCCAUGUCGUCGUCUCAGGAUUGGGAAGUGCGCUUCUCCAACUCGCGCCAGCUGCCCUACUUUUACGACCGUGCCACCAACACGUCGGUGUGGGAGAAGCCGGACUCGAUCAGCGAGGAAGAAGUCGCGUCGCUGCCCGGCGCCAACUACCUGGGAGGCGCCACCGGGCAGGCGGCCGAGCCCGCGCAGGUCCGAGCAAGCCAUUUGCUCGUGAAGCACCGUAACAGCCGGAGGCCCAGUAGCUGGAAAGAGAGCAACAUCACCCGCUCGCCAGAGGAGGCCGAAGCGAUCCUACUCGAGCACGCAAAGACGCUGGGACCGAAUCCUUCGGCUCAAGACUUUGCAGCGCUCGCAAAGGUGCACUCGGACUGCUCGUCUGCGCAAAAGGGUGGCGACCUCGGCUUCUUUGCAAAGGGUCAGAUGCAAAAGGCUUUUGAGGACGCAGCAUUCAGCCUGCCCGUCGGAAAGCUCAGCGAUGUCGUCAAGAGCGACAGUGGGCACCAUCUCAUCAUCAGGACAGCUUGACCGAUCACUACGUCACUGUAAAUUAAUGAUGGAAGAAAAUGAAAGCAGAAGACAAGCAUGACACGUCGACCGACUAUCA